AUGGAAGUUUUGCCAGCAGACAAAGAACAAAGACAACGAUGGAGCCCCCAAUCCUACCUCUGCCCCCCCUACGACCCUGAGAUCAUCGCAGUGGAUGAUACACAGCACCGCCCAGUACCGAGAGGCUUCGACGAGCUGAAGGAAAUCCGGAAAGGAGAAGAAGAUUGCAGUCAAGAAUUCUUCGACGACCCUGAUCUGACCAUCAAUGAUCACAUCAUCCCUAUUUCAGAAAGAUAUCUAACAGCCAUAAGCUUAUCGCUUCGUCAACCCUCCGAUGCGAAGAAGGCUCGACCGGGAAUCCUUUUCUUCCACGGCGGGGGUAGAGUUAUGGGGAACGUUUUCACCGGUCUCAACAGUCUUACUGAAGCAGUUAAGAGACUCGAUGCUAUUGUCAUAAGCAUCAAUUACCCCCUGUCGCCUGAUUACCCCGGGAUGGACGUCGUGGAAGAUUGCUAUAAGUCACUGGCGUGGCUCUCUCAGCACCUCGACGUUUUCAGGAUUAACCCAAGGCAGUUCAUGAUUUCUGGGGUAUCAGCUGGUGCCGGUCUUGCUGCGGGGACAGUCCUCAUCGCAAGGGAUCGCAAAGGGCCCCAAGUCUGCGCCCAGCUGCUGAUGUGCCCGAUGCUUGAUGAUCGAUGCAACACUCUGUCGUGCUUGCAAUUUGAAAAUGGACGUGGAUUUUACACAACAUGGGACCGUUAUGCCUGGUCUUGCAUCCUCGGAUGUGAGGCCGGCCAAGAUGGUGUCAGUCCCUAUGUUGCGCCUGCCCGCGCGACGGAUUUGUCGGGUCUUCCUAUUGCAUACAUUGAUGCAGCAUCCGGAGAGCCCUUUCGUGACGAAGAUAUUGCAUAUGCCACCAAACUAUGGGAGUGUGGUGUACAAGCGCACUUGCACAUCUGGGGUGGCGGGUGCCAUGGUUUCGAUCUAUUUUACAAGAGUCAACUUGGUCGCCAGGCAUGCGCGACACGUACCAAGUGGCUAAUAGAAUUUCUUCAAUCUCAAAGAUAA